AUGGAGGGACCUGCGGGGACGAAUUGGAAGAACCUCGCGGCGUGGACCUUGUUUCCGCUCUGGUUCAUUCUCCUUAUCCUGACUACCGGCUACAUCACGACGAGCUUUUCGGAUAUGUCGCAGUCGUUGACGCAAGAGAUUGGAUGUUUGCCCGACGACUCUUUUUCCAUAUCGCAGUACGGCUAUGAUCAGUGGGCGCCGACUGGGUUCUUCGAAAUAUCGAUUCCGAUCGUGACCCUCGCAAGUUUUACAAAUGUGAAGGUCAUCGACGUCUCCUGGGAUGUUGUUGUCGGACGAGGAGGACAGGCAUUGCUGGUAUUCGUGUCGUGGCGGGUGUUUGCCAAAUACAUGACCACAUCCAUGGCUCGAAAGCCAGCCACGUAUACGACCUUUUGGGUCAUUUUUAUGCACCAAGAAGCUACGCUGUUUUCAGUGUGUCGCCUACUCCGCGACUUUGUUCUUUAUCGCGGCCCUGCCUCCUUGUUGGCCGCUGCCUUUAUAUUUUACACCGCAACCUUCGCCUUGAUCUUUCCCACACUCUCCAGUUCCAUGACAGGUUACAAAUCUGACACGCAAGCAUUUAUCGGCGACGGAGAUGGUAACUUGCUCAAGUGGGCUGACUUUCAGCGCGUGGUAUACAUCGUUCACGACGGAGAGCGGGCUGGAUUGGAGAAUGAACAGGUAAUACAUCUAGACCGAGACGACGUAGAGAAAUACGGGUUUGAGGGGCGAUACGUCGGUAGUACAGAAUUUGACGGCAAACUCAUUGAGGGCGACGCACUAAAUAUAUCUGGGUCGUAUAUUGACGACACGUCUUCAGAUCUCUACGCCGGUGCCUGGUGCCGAGAGGAUGCCUGUCCAUAUCGGACGAGCGCAAAUGCGCUCUUCACGGCAAAAACCGCUCAGCUUUUCCGCCUUGACGAUAUCGUAGGCGAAGGUUCUUGCCAGCCGGUGCCCGACGUACGUUUGUCUACCCAAGACUUUGAGAAGAACUUCCGCGUGGCUAACUAG